AUGUGGAUCUUACCACUUCUUGGCUACCUCGGCCUCAUCCUUGGCUUCCUCUUCCUCACGCUCGCCAUAGCCAGUGGCCUCUACUACCUCUCCGAACUCGUCGAAGAACACACCGUCGUCGCCAAAAAGACCCUCACCCGCAUGAUCUACGCCAUCGUCAGCAUCCAAGUCCUCCUCGCCCUAAUCGAUAAAUUCCCCCUCUGGCUGAGCGCAAUCUCCAUCGCCUCACACGUCGUCUACUCUCUCAACCUCCGCCGCUUUCCCGUCGUCAAGCUCACCGAUCCUGUCUUCCUCUCGAGCUGCGCGCUGGUGCUUGUGAACCAUUACCUGUGGUUCAGACACUUCAGCAAGCCUCCUGCGAGCGCGAACGGAUACGGGAGUAAUGGGCGAUACCACUUUUACGAGCAGAAGGAUAUACCGACGUUUACGGAGAUUGCGAGUUUCUUUGGGCUGAAUGUGUGGUUGGUGCCGUUUGCGCUGUUCGUGAGUUUGAGUGCGGGGGAGAAUGUCCUUCCAAGCAUGGGGAGUGAGUAUGCGACUGGGGCGGGGAGCAGUUUUAUCAGCCCUGGGCAGGAUCAGGUAGGAGGCGCUUACGGGAUGAAUGGGGGAGGCGGAGGGAGGACUAGGCAUAAGAGGAGUAAUACUCAGACAGGCAUGGCGAAGGCUGCGGUCAAUGGAGUGAGGGAUUGGGUUGGGGAGACGGGAGAGUUGAUGGGGAUGUGGGAGGGAGAUAGGACGAGGCCUUUAUGA